AUGGCCGCCGCAGUCGCCGCCGACCCAGACACCGAUGGGUCGCGCAGGAAGCGGGCCGCCGCCGGCGCAUCCCCGAUGAAUCAACCACCAUCGCCAACUCGUCAUCGCACUUUGCUUCAUGCCGCAUCCGCCGGCGACCCUCAAGCCCGCAGCCUCCGGCGCAGGAAAGCAACCGCCGCCCUGACCGACGAAGCACUCGACGCAAACCUGGACGGACACGCAGGCCCGCCGCCCAUUCACACGUCGCCACGAACGGAACACCGGGAGCCGAAGAGGGCUCGAGAGUCUCCCUGGGAAAGAUACCUUUCCGAUGCGAAGCAUUCAUACCCGGACUAUGGGUCUAAGGAGGAAAGGAUGACUUCAAAGCGGCUGGUAGUUCACGCCUUUGGCCUUACCGUAGAGGUCGUUGCUGAAACGUCACAGAGGAGCAUCAACGGUCAGUCGGGCCCGGUGAACACCCUCAAUCGCCAGACACACUACGAUUCCGUUCCCUGGGACGCCUCGCCCCCCAGCAAGCGACAGCGGCCAAAUGCCUCCGAUACCAUUCUAUCCUUCACGGGCAGGGGUUCCGGAUCAAGCGAUAGGCGAUCACAGGUCCACGUCGAGGAUCUGACCAAAUCGAGCUCACACGAUGGCCACGACGUAUGGAGCAUUUCGAGCGCUGGGAAGGUGCCCAGUACGGCUGCGGCUCUCCCCGAGUUUCGACAUGCGCAGACCUAUGGCAGAUCGUCCAAACCGCGCCAGCGCAAGAGUCGGCAAUCCCUCAGCCAGACAGGUCUGCAGGCCAAGGGACACGAUACCACGACACCCACCCACUUCGGCGACCGCUCCGACUUGGACAGCCCAGAUGUUUUGGCCAUUGAGGACCACCCUGCCCCUUCCCGGGUUGUUUCGGAUCUGCUGCUGUCUCGUAAGGCUGUGCGACCUCAUCAAGCCAUGGACCGCUCUGGCCCGGCCGUCAAGCGGGCAAACCCUGCAAAGGGGGUACUUGAAUCCAUUCAGAGUUCAGACGAGUCCCUAGAUGAUCUGAGCAACGAUAAGGAGCCCGUUCAGCUGCCCAGCAAGAAGCCAACAAAUUUUGAUGGCGUUGCCUCUACGUCAUCACAGAAACGAGUAUCAAGCAGGGGCGACAUCCAGCAAACGACGUUUCAAAGGCCACAACGAACCACAGCAGGUAGUCGGGCUGCCUUGCCGGACAUGACACUUAGGAGGGCAGCGUGCGGCAAGGCUUUCUACGACCCCGAAGGGCAAUCAGACCGUGUGGUACGCCUCGUUGAAGACGGAAAGGACGCACAAACCUUGGUGCCCGUGACCGACAACGGCAAACGUGCCGCACAGCCAUGGCUGGCCAUCAACAUGGCUACAGUGCAGAAGGUAUUCCACGCUUCGACUCACAGCUCCUGCGUCAUCGUCGAGCGCCCUGGGAACAAUAUUCACCCCGGCAAAGCGUUUCUGGAGUUCAAAAACCGAGAAGCCGCCAUGGCGUUCGUCAGGGCUGUACCCACUGACCGCACCAUUGAACGUGAAAUCGCGUACCUUGAGAGUGGUGUUCGCAACGCCCUUAAACAGGCGGAGGGGUACAGAGAAUCGUGCCCUCGAGACCAAGCAGAGUCUGCGACCAAGCACCAGCAAGCACCAUGGGCAUCCAAACCCGUCAGCACGGAAGACGGUGGAGGGGGUGCGACUUCAAGACCCAAAUCAGGCGCCGAACCACAAAGGUUGACACGGUCCAUGGGCCCUCCCAAUGCCCUCGACGACGUCGACAUGUCGACCCAGGGUACGACCCUCGGCACCCGCCGCACCAGACGGACCUCGCCCAAGCGAUUCUACAGGGAACCAACACCAGAGCGCUGGACGACCAACCAUCCAGAAUGGCGGGAGCGCUGGCAGCGAUCGCUCGUAUACCCAGCUACUGGGAAGAAUAGAGCAACGGUGGACGACGAAGACAUUCCAAGGCUGGAUGAGGGAGAGUUUCUCAACGACAAUCUCAUCAGCUUCUACAUCCGCUACCUCCAGGCUACGCUGGAACGAGAGUCGCCCCAGGUCCUCAAGAAGGUUCACAUCUUUAGCACCUUCUUCUUCGAGAAACUCCGCUCUACCAAGGGCAGGAUCAACUAUGAUGGCGUCAAGGCCUGGACCGCGAAAAUCGAUCUCUUCUCGUACGAUUACAUCGUCGUUCCUGUCAACGAGCACGCACAUUGGUACUUGGCAAUCAUUUGCAACGUACCAAAUGCUAUCCAAGGCGUGCCGGAGGAUGAUGACGUCGAGAUGAUUGACGAUCCCCGGAAGCCACACGACAAGGAUCCGCGAUCAACGCCUCCACCCUCUUCACGGACUCUCCAAUCCUCUCCCGGCGGGAAAAGGCUUGAUCCCAGACAGCCCAGAAUUGUGACUCUGGACUCGUUAGAGUCUCCACACUCCCCAACCUGCCGGGCUCUGAAGGAGUAUCUGAUAGAGGAAGCCAGGGACAAGAAAAACAUCGAACUGGCUGUGGUCCCAAGCGGCAUGUCCGCCAAAAAGAUUCCCUGUCAGAACAACUACUGCGAUUGCGGCGUGUAUGUUCUCGGAUAUCUGAAGGAAUUCUUGAAGGAUCCAGAUGAGGUAGCACGCAAGUUGCUUCAGAGAGAAGACCUCGACUGGGAUAUUCAACCGGCUCAAUUGCGAGAGAACGUCCGCAAGUUGCUGUUCGAUCUGCAAGAAGCGCAGAGCAAACGACUCGAGGAGGAAAAGCAAGAGAAACGCGCCGCUCUGCAAAAGAAGAAGGCUGCGAAGAAAGGACAACAAGAAGCUGACCAGCCUGACAAUCCCUCGGCUCUAAAGGCGUCACUGCCGGAAAGUUCGUCUGUCGAAAGCAUGGCGAGCAGAACUGCAAGUGCUGCUAGUGCAAAGAGCGGCCAGUCGGCAGGGAAGGAGCCCGAGACAGCCGGAUCGGCCGGCGACCGAACACCAGGCACAAGAGAAGCCAUCGAAGACGAGCCUGCUCUGAUCGGCAGGCUCAGUAGCAGAAGCACAAGCUCCAGCACUUCAUCGGCUUUUUACUCGGCUCAGGAGUCACCGGAUGGGAUGCCCCCGAGCGUGGCCAAGCUUCCAAAGACGACAGCAGUCGAAAAAGAGAAGAAGGCUCCUCCUACGAAUCACGAAACGAUCGAUAUCGAAGACGAUGUCCAGUUGAUACAGCCGCUGUCAAGCUCUUCAGACAGCAAGGAACAAGCUCAUGCAGCCCGCGAGCACCGGCUCAAACGAGCACGACAGCCUUCUAUUGAGCUGGCGAAGAAGCCAGCAAUGCAAACUUAUGGCGGAGCCUCACGAGGCAGGAAGCAGACAUCGGAGCUCUCAGCUUUCUUCAAUCGCCCGAUUUCCAAGCCCACAAAGGGCGGCUCAGCGACGGUGAGACGAGAGCGAUACAACGGCAUCGACCGAAACGCAGUGGAUCUCACAGACGACUCCUGA